UGUCCAGCAGAUGGCUACAUUUCUCUUUUGCCCCAAUUCCAAAACCUGCACACCAUUCAAGCAAAGAGAAAAAUGUUUCCUGAAGGAAUAACUUUUCCUUGUGGCAGAAAAAAAGAGACCUCUGUAUGGAGCUAAAAUGUUUGCUAUCUUUCUCCAUACAGUGAAGUCAGCAUGUCAUUCGCCAUUUCCAGUGAACAGUGUCAAUUAAUCAACCACAACCUUUUUGUUGUUCAUUGGCUGUUAUGUUUUACAGUAAAACCACAGCGCCUAUAAGAGCCUUGUUUAACUUCAGCAUUGUAUUGAGGAUUCUCUGGUUUGCACAUAUCACCUGAUUCAAGAUUAUUCUGCAACCAGGAACUGAAUGAGUGAAGAUGAAACUGACAUGUUCCCUCCCUCUGGUUUUGUUUCUUCUUUUGGUCAUCAGCCAAGGUGUCUUCAGUAACCCCCCUUCAGGAAACUGUUGUAUGUCAGUAGCAUUUCACAGCCAAAUGAGUAUCUGUGCUGUGAGUGGAUCAUCAGUGGUCAUAUCCUGCUCUUUCAAUAAUCAGACAUGUAACUUCAUUUUUGAGAUUGAGAAUCCCAAUAAGACAAUGGAAGGCAAGUUUGAGAUCAAUUUGACAGUCACAGAUCUUACAGUGCUGGUUCCUCUACCAGUGAUUGAGGGCGGUGAUGCAAAGUUGCUUUGCAUGAGUGUCUGCAAUGUGACAGGCGAUCCCAAAGUGAUAUGGAGAAAGAAUGGACAAGUUGUAACUGGCAAACAGAGAAACAGACAUGAACUUGAGCUCCAGAAUGUCAGUAUUAAGGAUGAAGGCUUCUAUUCCUGUGGAACUGCAUCUGCGUGGCCUACUGAGCUGAGCUUUGGGACCUGUCUGACGAUAGGUGUAAGUGUGAGUGCAGCUGGGGUUCUAGUUCUGGUCUGUGUGGUAAACUGGAUCAGUGUCAAGAAGAGAUCAGGGGGGCACAAGAAAAGGGACAAUGGCCAUCUCUUCACUCUUCAGCCCCAAGCCCCCAGAGAGUCUGGACGAGAGUCCGACGUCCAGUACACCACUGUCCAGUUCAAACGCAGGGAAUCUCCAGAAACUGAGGGGGAUGAUGUCCAGUGUGCCAGUGUCCAGUUCAAAAUGGCUGGGGUGGCACAGGGGAUAGUGGAGAGUGACAGGAAGUGAGUGUGAGAGAGAGUCGGGGUGGGAUCCGGAAAGGACCACGGGGCGGGAAUCGAACCCGGGUCGCCGGUGAAUGGUGCAGAUGCCCCAGCCAGUUACACCACACUUUAGCCUAUUACAACGUGGAGCAGCAGUCUGAUAGUCUUCCACAAACAGGUCACAGAAAGUGCACCCCACAUUUGUGCCACAAAUUGCCUACUCCAUAACACAAACAACCUGUAACUCACCCAUUAGAAAUCCACUCUACGGGCCUUAUGUUCAGCAAAGUCCUUAAAGAUAUCUUAUUGAAAUCCAACUGCCUGGCUCUGCUGUUCUCUAUGGAGAGUAUGGCCAAUCUACUCAAUGGUUCUUGUCCCAUGCUUGCCUACUCCUUAGGUAGGACUUAACAUCAGCAUCGGUAGCACCAACGCCAGCAGCAACAUUAGAAAACUAUCCAAUUUAAUAACUUUGGAUUUAGUCUCCUCCAGUUCUUGCCUUUCUUUUAUCUUGUGUGUGCUCGUAAUUAUGAGAUAAUGUGAUAUUUGUUUUGAAAGCAAUGAGCUUCCGUAUCUUCUAACAU